ACAUGUAUCAUCGAGGACGCUGUUCACCUGGACGAGUCGGAGGAGAGGAACAUGGUGAAACAUCUGCAGGAGGAGCUGAUCGCCGUGCGGCUCCGGGAGGCGGAGACUGCGGGCAUCAUCCGGGACAUGAGGCAGAAGAUAUCCGAGCUGGAGGAUACCAACCUCCGCCUCCAGCGCGCCCCCAGCAACGAUGUACAGCAGCUUCAGGAAGAACUCAUCGCCGUCAAGCUACGAGAGGCCGAGGCCAAUUUGUCCCUGAAGGAACUGCGCAUGAAGGUCAACGAGAUCGAAUCCUACUGGGAGGCACACAUGGAGCGUGUGCGGCAGUCAUCUCCGAAGGAGAAGAACAGUAAGACAGAUUUGCGGCACUUGCAGGAGGAAGUGAUGGGCCUCAAGCUGAAGGAGGCGCGGGCUGUGAGCGAUGUGAAGGACGCCAAGCAGAAACUGAUGGAGCUGGAGACGCAGAACCAAAUUUGCACCAAUCAAAUCCGUCGCAUGGGAGAGGACAACAAAGAACUGAAGAAACAAAUGGAGGAGGCACUGGAGCGAGAGAAGGACUUGCGGACGAAUAUCAAAGACCUGACGCGCAAACUGGAUGACACGGAAAGUAAGAGGAAGGAAGAGGGAAUGAUGGCGCGCAUCAAAGAGGCAGAGAGUGUUCAGCAACUAGCUGAGCUGAGGCACAAAAUUGCUUUGAUCGAUAUCCAGAAGGAAGAACUGCUGGCCGCGGGACGGCUGCACGAGAAGGGAGAGAACCAGGAGCUGAAGAACAAACUGCUGGACCUACAGGACGAGAUGCUGCAGCUGAAACUGUCCGUGUCUCCGACACCUAAACCGGUAUCUAGCCGAUCGUUGAUGACCGACAGUUAUCUUGGCGACAACUCCGAUGAGGAGCUGGAUGCUGAGAUCAAGGACUCUGAGAACUUGGACCGUACGCUCUCUGAGAUCAUUGAGGGGAAGAGUCCCUCGCUGCCCGCUACGCCAAGUAGAGCCACAGACCCAGACAACAGCGGUCAAGACUUGUCGUUAACGGCAACUGAUGGUGACGGUAGCAACGACAGGGGUGCUGUAUGCAGCGCUGAUACUGCGGGAGGUGAGGGUUCGAGUCUUUCGCACUCUGAGCCUUCUUGUGUUGAUGACUUGUCGGGUGGGCAGGCUGUGUGCAGUGCUAGUGGUGGUGUGGAGGAGGCCUCGACAACAGCAACGAUGUCAUCCACGGUGAUGAGUGGGGAUGACGAAGCCUUUGCCACCGAGCCGACAACGGGUGCUACGGCUGACGCAGACUCAGGGGAGACUAAUGUGAUAGCUGCUUGUGAUGAUAAUUCUCUGCCAAAGGAGAGCACUGGUGCCGGCAGCAGCAGUGACAGUGCUCAGUCCAAAGGUAAGAGUCAUUUGCUCAUGGGUGAAGGUCAUUCGUUACAUAACUCUCCAAAAAUGCAAAGCAGGACUAUCGGUCUGGAUGAGAGGUUGAAUCCGAAUAUCAGAAGCCCAAACCAGAAAUUCCCAGAGGAUUGGGAGUUGUAUGAUGAGGUGGUGGUGGUGGACCGCGCAAAGGGCACACAGGUCAUGUGCCGCAACUCAUCCGAAAGGGACACAACUCCACAACGAGCCGGCUCCCAUGAAAUCUCGGAGCGCGGCUGGAGUCCGGUAAGUGUUGUGAAGGGUUCCGGAACCUUGGGUCAACAGGACACUCUCCUUCAUGGUCGUGGGACAUCGUCCCAGCAUCGUACACCACCUCAGGACAACAGCACAUCGGGUUUGAAGAACACACCAAAUGUAAAAAAUUCACGGCCUAAAUCUGUAGCAAACUCUGUGAGCCAGAGGGUUAAAGGUGCGGGGAAGGAUGGUGCAGAUGUGGCAGACCCGAGUGUAGAGGAAAUUCCCGAUAUCGUGGUCAUUUAUGAACCUUCAUGCAAAGUCCCUUCUCUCCUCUGCAGAGGUGAUGGUGCAGAUGAUGAUGAUGAUGAUUUUGUGUUAAAAGAGAGUACUGUAUAGUAUUUGAUAUGUACCAGAAAUGAUGCCUAAAUGUUGCAUGUGCAUGACGAUGGAUAUUGCGUGGGAUCUGUGUACAUGGUCUGUUUGAAUUAGAAUGGAGAUAUGAAUUGACACAGACAAACUUAUUUGUCUAUAUUUGGACUUUUCCCACUUACCACGUAUCUAGACUGUGGCUGUGUUCCUCUUUUUAUUGCAUUGGUUUUUUGGUUGCCGGCUCAAGAGUUUCUGUCAAACUUCUUUGACCUUUGGUGGAACAGUGACAAUACCC